GUUCUUCUCCGGCUUCUCUCGUCUGAGCAUUUGUGAGAGCUCAGUGCCGUCACCUGCACUGUCCCGGAGGGACAUUUUAGAAUAUGGCAGGAGGAAAACCUAAAGGUGUAUUUGUUCUUCACAUUGUUUGGCUCCUAUGUGGUGCUACCUUUUGCUUGCCCACAGCAAAAGUAUUAGACUAUGAUGUGGAUGGCGGACAGGACCUUGACAUUUUUGACAUAAAUGAAGCGGCAGGGUUGAAUCUUGUCGAGGGAGACAUUGUGCUCGACGAGAGGCAAACUCGAAAUUCAAUAAUAGGAGAUCAGUACAGGUGGCCAAAGACCAUCCCAUACUAUAUGGAAGAUGACUUAGAGAUCAAUGCAAAAGGUGUGAUUCUCAAGGCCUUUGAGCAGUACAGGCUUAAGACCUGCAUCGACUUCAAGCCUUGGAGUGGAGAAGCAAACUACAUCUCCAUCUUUAAGGGGAAUGGUUGUUUCUCCUCCGUGGGAAACCGGCGGGUUGGGAAGCAGAGACUGUCAAUAGGGACUAACUGUGACCGCAUUGCCACCAUUGAACACGAGUUCCUUCAUGCUCUCGGUUUCUGGCAUGAGCAGUCCAGAUCGGACCGUGAUGACUACGUCAGAAUCAUGUGGGACCGCAUCUCAGAGGGUAAAGAACACAACUUUAACACCUACAGCGACACCACCUCCAGCUCUCUCGGCGUACCCUACGACUACGGUUCCAUGAUGCACUACAGCAAAAAUGCCUUCCGCAAUGGCACCGAGCCCACCAUCGUCACAAAGAUCCCAGCUUUCAGUGAUGUGAUUGGACAGCGUAUGGAGUUCAGCGACAGUGACCUGCUCAAACUGCACCGCCUCUAUAACUGCACUCAGGGCUCCACCUUUCUGGACUCAUGUGACUUUGAACGUGAGAACAUCUGUGGUAUGAUCCAGGGACAAGGGGAUACAGCAGACUGGAUCAGAGUUUCCACAGCUGCCGGAGGACCCAGCACCGACUACUCCAACAUGGGCAAAUGCACUGGCUCAGGGUAUUUCAUGCACUUCAGCACCGGCACAGCCAACACUGGGGAUACGGCUCUGCUGGAGAGCAGGAUCGUUUACCCCAAAAGAGGAUACCAGUGUUUGCAGUUCUUCUACUACAACAGCGCCAGCCCCAGCGACACACUGAAGAUCUAUGUCAGAGAGUAUGACAAAGCAAACCCCAACGGAAAACUGCGCUUUAUAAAGACCAUAGAUGGAUCCCCCGAGGAACUGUGGCAACUGCAUCACGUGAGUCUGGACGUCAAAACAAAAUUCCGGGUUGUUUUUCAAGGGACCAAGGAGGGUUCUGGACCCUUGACAGGAGGACUGUCACUGGACGAUAUCAACCUCUCUGAGACCACCUGCCCAGAGUUCAUAUGGCGAGUGAAAAACUUCAGUGAUGUUAUGGAAAACACCCCAACAGACACUGCCAUCUUCAGCCCCCCAUUCACCUCUAAGGAGGGUUACACCUUCCAGAUGGGGCUGUACCCCAGUGGUAGGGAAGGCUACCCUGGUGAGCUGUCGGCCUAUGCUCAUCUGGUGGCCCGGGAAGGAGACACUGGACAGAAAUGGCCGUGCCCCUGGAAGCAGAUAACCAUGAUGCUGAUGGACCAGCACCCACACAUCCAAAAGCGCAUGUCCAAUCAGCGCAGUGUCACCACUGACCCUAACAUGAUGGCAACAAACUCUGGUCAGUUUUUCUGGGACGACCCUCGCAAGGUGGGAGUUAAGGUCAACGAUGCUGAUGGUUCCACAUAUUUCCGAGGGCCAGGUGCCGGCACUGCAGUGUAUCUCACCCACCUGCGAGCCAAAAGCAGGGACUUCAUAAAAGGAGGAGAUGCCAUAUUUCUGCUCACCAUGGAGGAUGUGUCUCAUCUGACAGCGUCCCAGCCUCUGCCUUCUCCAAACCCGUCAACCGCACCUCCACAAUUUACCACCGCUGACUCUUCUGAUGUUUGCUUAAAUGUGCAAUGUCUAAACAAUGGAGUGUGUGUGGAGGACAAGGGGAAGGCUGCUUGCAGGUGUGAGGUGGGUGAUGACUGGUGGUACUACGGGGACAGCUGUCAGUACAAGGGCUCCAUCAAGGAUAAAACCAUUCUUGCACUUGCCUCGUCUCUGUCUGUGCUGGGGGCAAUGCUGGUGAUUACAGCAGUCAGUGUGAUAUGCGUGAAGAGGAAGUAUAAGAAGCGCGGAAACGACAACAGUGUCGUCAUGGCAAACGUCAAUGCCAGCGACAAAAUAUAGUGACAAGCAGGAAAAACUCUAAGUGAAAUAAAUCACUUUUCAGUAUGUUUAAUAUGAUAGAUAUCUUGCAGUGAAGGCUUUUAGCUGAAAGGUAAAUCAUAUACUGCAAUCAUAACAUUAUAUGAGACUGCCCCCUUCUGGUCAAUCAAUGCAAAAACAGUCAAGUAAACUAAGAAUAUUAUUAUAAAUAAAUUAUUUUGAAAUUCUGUCUAAUGUGAACAUUUCUUAUCAAAAGUACAUUAAUCAUUUAAAAAAAUCAAUUCCAAACAUCAUCACUUAUAUUCACAAAUUUAAAAUUUAUUAUACCAAGGACAGGAACAUCACAUCUGUGUUGCCUCUUUUCCAUGUGAAUAUACUGUAUUUGUUUGUAUUACUGAACUUGACACAGUCAUGCCGGUGAUAACAGUUACUGCAGGAGGGAGGUGGGACUAAUUCUGCAUGUGCAUGUGUGUGUUUUUUUGUGUGUGUGUGUUUGCAUAUGCAUGCAUGCAAAGAUCUGUCAAUUGGUGUUUUUAAGAUACAGUGAU